UCGUACACCAAAUAUCUCAAGAAUUAUCAAAUCCAAUCAAUUGGCAUCCUAAACCAGCACCAAAAGUCCUUCAAACUUAUUUUGAUAACAAUUGUAUAAAAAUGGAUGUUGAUGAGUAUGAGAAAUUUCAAAAUAAUUUAUCAGAAACUGAAAGUGCAGCACAAAAAUUGCAUGUUUUGAACAUAAAGGGAAAAUGA